CACAAAAAGAAGUCAAAUACUACUAUGGUCAUAAACUAUUAGGCGUUGUUCUUAACACCUGUUGCUUUUUCUGUGCUUCUUAACUUGAAUCAAUUUUUAAUUUAGUAUUUAAAUAAAUUUUAAAUUAUUUUUGUUGAUACCAAUUUAAAUCAUGAUACAGCGAGAAAUUAGCAAUGGGUAAAAGUGAAGAAAGGAACGGAAACACUAUACAAGCAGGAGAAUCAACUUUUCUUACAAAAACAUCAAGUGAAGCUAGUAAGAUGUUGGAAGCUGCUUUAUUACAAAUGGAUGACAUUAUUUCUGGUGUAUGCACAGACUCUAACAAUGAAAGUAACAUAGAAUGGAAAGAUUCUAUUAAAGAAGCCACAAAAAAUCUUUUAACAAUAAUUAAAAGUUCUCCAAGUCCUCCUUCUCCACCAGAUACAGCCACCACUGAAAUUUUAAUGCAGUGGAUGCAACCGAGUUGUCCAUUAGAUUACACUAAAAUGAUUUCUCUGAAGGGAAGUGUCCCUAAUCUCUAUGCAUCCACAAAUUUAACACAUAUUGGAAUUCUACCACCUACUUGUUGUGCAGUAUAUGAUAUGAGCCAUAUUUCAAAAGCCCAUCAUGUUCAUGAAAAUAAAGAGAGUACAAGAAAUAAAAGCAAUCAAUAUUUAGAAUUAGGGAAAAGACAACGACUGAAGAAUAAAAUAGAACGUGAACAAAGAACUAGAUCACAAUCAGAUAAUUUUUUGAGAACAAGAGAAUCUCCCUAUUGUUGCUCUUUGCAACAUUUUCAAGACACUCAAAAAUGGAAUAAGUGUCAGGCAAAGUUUGAGGAACGUUUAAAUAAAUUAGAAAAUGAACGUGAAGCUCUACAUAUGGAAAUAUCUGUUUUAUCAGAACAAGUGGAUGCACAAGCUAAUAAAAUUCAAGAAUUAGAAAGUAUGCUUAGAGAGAAGAAAGAUUCCCUCCGAAGGAUGGAAGAGGCAUUGCAAAAAGAAGUACUUUCAAGAAGUGCUUUGGAAACACAAAAAUUAGAACUUUUGAGUUCUUUAUCAGAAAUGAAACUUAGACAAGCAAGUUUAGAACAUGAAAAUCUUGCACUUCGUGGUACAAGUCCUAUGUCAAACGGAGAGAAAUUUGGAAGGCAUACCAGUCAAUAUAGUAGUCUUCCUAGGCCACCGAGUUCUUCAAAGAAAGGUGUAAUGUUUGGUAAGGUACCCAGUUUAGCUUCUGGAGUACACACGACAGUACCAUUGGCCAUUAAAGGAGCCUCCGCGAGAUGCCUGUCUGCGCCUACUCUAGCUGAAGAGGAAAAAAUUAUUAUAGAAGAUUCAAACUCUCGAUCGAUACAAUCAAUCAGUCAGAAAUCUUUAAUAGAGCUGUCAAUGGAAGAAAUUGGAGAUUGGCUCACAAAUUUAGGAUUAGAAUGUUACUCGGGUGAAUUGAGACGAUGGGGAGCUACUGGAGCAAAAUUAUUAGAAUGUUCACAACAACAAAUGGAAAAGGAAUUAGAAAUUAAAAAUGUUCUUCAUAGGAAAAAAUUAUUGUAUGCAAUAGAAUCAGAGAAAUAUGGUGGAGCUGAAUUUCUUGGAUCAGAUAAGAUGGAUAAUGCAGCAGUUUUACGAUGGCUGGAUGAUAUUGGAUUACCACAGCACAAAGAAGCUUUCCAAAAUGGUAAAGUUGAUGGUAGAAUGUUACACCGUCUCACUACUGAAGAUCUUUUAAAUCUUGGAGUUACUGCACAAUUACAUGCUGCAAGUCUUAGACGAGGAAUUCAGAUUCUUCGAGAACUAAAUUUUGAAUUUGAUAACCUUGAAAGAAGAUCUAUAAAUGGAAAUGGGGCAGAGGGUGGUAAUGUUCACCUUUGGACAAAUCAUCGAGUAAUGGAAUGGCUUAGAGUAGUUGAUUUAGCUGAAUAUGCUCCAAAUAUGAGAGGAUCUGGCGUACAUGGAGGUUUAAUGAUGUAUGAAGGCAGAUUUACAUCAGAAUUAUUGGCAACAUUACUUAGUAUCUCUCCAGGGAAAACACUUCUUCGUAGACAUUUAACUACACAUUUCAAUCAAAUCCUUGGGAGGGAAGUUGUACAAAGAAAAAGAGAAAUUGAAAGCACCCUUGGAUUUGUUCCACUUACGCUUACUGCUCGUUUGAAGGUACCGAAGAAAUCUCAGUUUACUUUAAAACGUAAGAAAAGCAAGAAUGAAGCAGAUUAUGGUAAUUUGGUUUGUCCUCUGGAUACUUCACCUCCAGGUACUCCAUCAACCCCUACUUCAACACCCGGCAGCCCUAACUUGAAUUCACCUACAUUUUAACAAUAAUUACUGAUUACAGUCUCGUAAGUCUAACUCAACUAAUUCUAAUUCAAUAAUUUCAAAUAUAAGAAGGAACUUAUAUUUCUUGUUUAAU